AGUAUGCCAUUUAAAACAACUCGAACGCAUUUGUCUGUCGGCUCUGAAAUUCCCGUAAAGCAGUGACAAAUUAUCAAUAUGGACGCAGUGGACAUUGAACACAUCAAUUCCAACACCUCGUUUGCGGAUGUGCUGCGGGGAAAGAAGGUUCCCGUUAGCCAUCUUAGCCAGAGUCUGAUGGCCAAGGCCCAAGAAAAGACCAAGAAGGUGGAGCAGUUCCUGACCAAGGCCAAGUCCGCUUCCCUGAUUUCCCUGCGAGGGCUGAGCUCCCGGUUCGAGUUCAAUAGCCUCCGGGAACUGGACGAGUGGUGGGAGCCGAGGAUUUGGUUCCGAGAUGAGGCCGAUGUCAGCUUGCAUCCCAGCUACGCUAUGAAGCAGUUCUCAUAUGAUCUAAAUUGCUAUGUUCGGUAUCUGGACGCCAAGGCGAUGUACGAACGGCAGUUCUUGCAGGAAAUGGAGCACUUCAUUGCCAAUCAACGCCAUAUCUGCGACCAGUUUUUUCUGAAGAAUAUCCUGUGCUAUAAAACACGUUGGCCCCCUCUGCAUACAAAGCGAGAGCUGAAUAACUUUGUCUCCAAAUUCUUUCAAAUGACUCCAAAGGAAAAACGCAGGGUCGAAUAUCUCAUGAAAACCGAUUUAGGUUUAGGGUGCUAAAGCUUAUGCAAUUGCAAAGUAAAUUCUGCCAUUUAUUCCAUUUGGCAAUGGCUUAAUUAGCAGAUUUAAUUUUGCAAUUAUGUUUUGCAAUAGCGGGAUAAUUACUUCAUGGAAAAAAUCUGAAACCGAUAAAUUUAAUUUUGCAAUUAAUCUGUUGUAUUUUCCUGUUCUGAAAUUAAAAAGGCGAAACAUU